AUGCCCGCGCCACUGCUCCCGCUGCUGCUGCGAGGGCUGCUGUCCCGCCUGCUGCUACCCGCUGCCCGCCUGGCCCGCCAGUACCUCCUGCCCCUGCUGCGCCGAUUGGCCCGCCGCCUGGGCUCCCAGGACAUGCGAGAGGCUUUGCUGGGCUGUCUGCUGUUUAUUCUCAGCCAGCGACACCCGCCGGAUGCUGGGGAGGCCUCCAGAGUGGACCACCCGGAGAGGAGGGAGAAGUUAGCCCCCCAAAAGUGA